UCCCCCAGAGUUCGGUUGGAGUCACUCUAUAAAUGUUCCCGGGAGUUUCCGAAAUCCACACUCGGUGACUUCAGCUGAACAAUGGUUAACAUGAGCGAUCACCAAUCUCUACAAAAACACGCACAGACCCUGAAUCCGAAACAGCCGAGGAAAAGAAAUAAUAAAAAGAAAAGGAAUCAUUGGGACAAUAUACCGCCAACAACUCACAUUCAAACUUGAUUGUCAAGAGACAUUUGAGGUCUGGUGUGCUAGGUGUGGGAGCAUAUCGUGUUGUGUCUGUGGAUAGCGACUGAUUGGUGCGAUGACUGCGGAGUGGCUGUAUCCCCCUGGCGUGGGGCCGCUGUGUGGUGCAGAGUUGGAGGCGUGGUAUGAAGACCUACAGGAUAUACUGGGCUCCGACGCGGGCGGGGCCAAAGUCACGAGAGCCCCGCCUUGCUCCGAGGUCAAAGAGCCCGAGUUUCUGGAUGUGUUGGAGAGCUGCUCGCUCACCUGGUUGACGGAGGGGCAGGUUUGGGGCGACGGGGUGCAACGGGUCACCGACGAGCCGCCUGUCGCCCACUCGCCGCCGCGAAAGGAUGAUCGGAGAGGCGGAGGCGGCUCGGAGCACACCUCGUCCGGAGGAGACCUGCUUCCGCCCGAGUUCUUCGAGCUCCUCAGCGAGGGCGGCGUCGGGUCGGUGGAGACGAUGGUGAGCGGCGGGUACAACGCUUCGCAUCACGCGCCUCCGUCGCCAUCGGCGAGCGAGGAGGAGCUUCCGACGGUCCCGGACACAUCGUCCUGCUCCUCGGAGUCCUCCUCGUCCUCCCUCAACUGCUCCCCGCCGCCGUCCCCUCCAGCGCGACCGGGAAAGAGAAAGCGGGCCGGCGACAAAGGAGGAGGCGCGCUGUGCUCCCCGUCCCCCGGGAAGAAGAGCCGACGGGAGCGCGAGCAGGAGAACGAGAGGAAGGUGCAGGAGCUGACGGAUCAGAACGAGCGGCUCAAAGCCGAGAUCGAGCGGCUGGGAGAGGAGGUGCAGCGGACGCGCCGGGCGCUCAUCGAGAGACUCGUCAACACCAGGAGGUGAAGAGCGACAGGAGGAGCCCAGGGGCCGAAGGGAAACGAACAAUUCAUCUCGCGGCGACCGUGAAAUGCACAUUUAGAGGGAGAUAAAAGACACGUGGGACGGGGGGAGAGAGAGGGUUCACUGAGCGACUCCCGCCGAGAGAGAAAGAGAAAGUCAGAUUAAGCCGUAGAAAAGAAAGAAUGUGGAGCCCAACCGAACACGGACCGGACUCAGCCCGAAUACAGAGCAAAGAAGAAAUGUGGUUUUUCAUUAAGAACAUAAACGAUUUGUUUUUGAGUAUCUUACAUUUAAGUGAACAUCAUUUAAAGGCAAACGCUACAACGCAUGUUACACUUUAACCAAUUAUAUUACAAAUCAAUUAAAUAAUGAGCAAUAUCUAAAUAUUUUUCAUAAAGAAAACGUUUUUUUUUUUUUUUUAAGAUUUAAAAAAACUUUUUGCAGUAAAUUAAAAUUACUAAUGCAAUAAAUUAAAGGCAAAUACUACAAUGUAUAAAUGUUACAAUUGAACAAAUUCCAUUACCUAAGAUCUGCAUUAUGCCAAUUAAAGUAUCAAAAGCAAAUAAGAAAUUAGAUUUUUUCAUGAAGAAAAUAAAGCCGAAUUUAAGGAAAAUUCUAAAAUGACUAAUACAAUUUUAAAAAGGAUUUAAAUCUGCAUAAAUUAAAUGCAAGUAGCUCUAUGAUGUAUAAAUGUUACAAAUUAGUGAAUGACAUUACGAAUAAAGAAUAAGUUGCAUUAAAUAUCAAAAGCAAAUAAGAAAUGAUAAAUGAUUUUACAAGAGCCUUUUUGCAGUAAAUUAAAACGACUUUAAUACAACGUUUUAAACCCGCAAAAAUGAAAGACUGUAAAACAAGUACUACUGUGUUUUUAAAAUGAACAAAUUAAAGAAUGAGAUACAUUUUGCAUUACAUUCAUCAAAAUGCGGCGUGUGAUUAACUCUCAUUAAAAAAAAAUCAUGUAAUGCAACUAAAACGCCUUUUUUCUUUGCAUUCGGGUUGUUUUUGAACGUUUUUGUGCGAUUGGCUCGAUAAAAGCGCUGUAAAGCACCGACGUUUAUUAAACUACCCAAAGGUUAAUCAACUUUCUGUGUAAUUGAAAGCUGAUUGUUCAUCAGUGCCGAGGAAGUCUUGAGGGAAUGUAGCAGAGACGACGAGAGGAAAGGCAGGAGUGCAGUAAUAAAGAGAGAAGAGAGACCUGAUUGUAUCAGUGACGGUGAUUGUAGGUGCAUUUCAUUGUAAGCAGCCAGUUUUCAUUCACGUCUGGUGUUAAUGAAGGGCUUUAACCGUGUAAAUUCACUCCUAGAUGACAGAGAUUAGUAGCUCAGGACUGUUAUUGUGAACGAUUGUGAGCGUUUCUCACCAUCAACCCGAGGCCUCUAAGAGUGUGUGUGUGUGUGUGUGUGUCAGAUGCAAUUAUGAAUGGAUGUCCGUAGCGAUUUUGCUCUCACUUUCUUCUCUUGAAACUUUUCCAGAAUUUUUAGAGCUAGCAGUUUAUAACACAACUCUCUGCUUCUGAUCAUUUCUAUUUUUCUAUAUGUGUAUCCCAUAAUCAUCAUUUACCUUGUAUUGUAGUUUCCUUAUCUUAGAAUAAACAUGCAUGCCGAAAUACUGUAUUAGAGUAGAAACAUUUUUACCUGAAUUUUAUUUAGCCUUACUGAAUACGGAAUUGUAUUACACUCAUUUUGUUAUUAAAAUCUUAAAAAUGA